AUGCGUUACGUGGCCGCUUACCUUCUAGCCACCCUUGGUGGGAACAAAGAUCCAUCUGCCUCAGACAUCAAGGCAAUCCUUGAAAGUGUGGGUAUUGAUGUUGACUCUGAACGUCUUGAUGUGGUUAUCAAGGAACUGAGUGGCAAAGAUAUCUCUGAGGUAAGGUGUUUUAUUGUUUUAUAGUAAAUAAAAACAAUAUUUUUCUUGUUGCAUCUGCAGGGUUGUCAGAAAGUUUUGAAGUAGGCAGCUGAGUUGUCUGAGUAAGCCGCUAGUCCAGGGAUAUUUAACAAACUCCAUCUGUAAAGAAAUGCCAAGCAGAGUAGCUGGCCAAUACUAACCAAAAAGGCAGCUACUUUUGACAACCCUGCGUCUGUGCUUAUUGUAAAGAGAGAGUUAAUGUUUGCUUGAUAUGAAUACCAUGCAAGUGAAACAACUUACAAAUGACUUUACAGUCACAUUUUUGGUUCUUCUUUGAAGUCUUAUUCUAAUUUACUUUUUGUUUUGGCCUAUUAAAAUGUAAAAAUUAUGCUGUAAUCAGUGCUUUCAAAACAAGCUGGCGACCGCCGGUGUUCCUCCAGCUACUUGAUUGUACGGAUUCCCCUAGCUUCAUGGGCCUUGCUGCCCCUUGAUUGUAACAGCCGCUUUCCAGAGUCUGCUGCCUGCUUCAAAAUAUUUUGAAACCCCUUUGUAAUAUUAAAACCUUUUUGGUUGUUAGUUUGUAGUUUGUGAAAACAACCCAAAUGAGCACUCUGAGAUCCACAGUUCAUUAGUUUACUGAUCUUGACUAUUGUUGUUGUUAUUGUUUUUUAGGUCAUUGCUGAGGGUAAGACCAAGCUAGCAUCUGUUCCCACUGGUGGUGCUGCCAUGGCCGGUGCAGCAGCUGGAGGUGGUGGCACCCCUGCUGCCUCUGCCGAGACAAAGGAAGAGGAGAAGAAAGAGGAAAAGAAGGAGGAAGAGGAGGAGGAGUCAGAUGAUGAUAUGGGAUUUGGCUUGUUUGACUAA